AUGGCGGUGCCUGGGAAUGCCGAGUCCUACGCUAAGCCCUUCUGUGACUUCUUGACCGAGAACCCUACCGUCUUCCAUGCCGUCGACAGUAUGGCCCAAGGCCUCAAGCACUACGGCUUCACCAAGCUCAGCGAAAGAGACUCAUGGCGUGUCGAGCCUGGCGGCAAGUACUUUGUCGAGCGUAACGGCAGCAGUUUGAUCGCCUUCGUCGUCGGUGAUGACUACAAGGCUGGCAACGGUGCCGCUGUCCUCGCCGGUCACGUCGAUGCUCUCACCGCUAAGCUGAAGCCUGUCAGCAAGCUUCCCACAAAGGCUGGCUAUGUCGAGCUCGGUGUCGCUCCCUAUGCAGGUGGUCUCGGCCCUACUUGGUGGGACCGUGACUUGAGCAUCGGUGGUCGUGUCCUGGUCAAGGAAGGAAACAAGAUUGUUACAAAGCUGGUCAAGCUUGGCUGGCCCAUUGCAAAGAUUCCCACCCUCGCUCCUCAUUUCGGCGCCCCUGCCAACGGUCCCUUCAACCUUGAGACACAGGUUGUACCCAUCAUUGGUCUUGAGUCGUCAGCAAAGAACCAGAUCGAGCCUCAAGCAAAGGCUGGCACUUUUGCCUCUACCCAACCUCCUCGCCUCGUUCGCGCCAUUGCGAAGGAGCUGGGCCUCAGUGAUGGCUCCAACAUCGUCAACUGGGAGCUUGAGUUGUAUGAUAUCCAACCCGCCACUCUUGCUGGUCUUGACAAGGAGUUUAUCACCGCUGGUCGUAUCGAUGACAAGCUGUGCAGUUGGGCCGCACUUGAGGCUUUGAAGCAGAGUGCCCGUAACGGUACUACUGGCUCUGGUAUCAUCAAGAUUGUUGGUCUCUUCGACGAUGAGGAGAUUGGCAGCGGCCUGAGACAAGGUGCUCGCGGGAACUUCCUUCCUACUGUCAUGGAACGCGCUGUUGGUAGUCUUGCAGGCCAGCACCCCGCUUCAGACCUUAUGGGCCGCACAUACGCAAACUCCUUCCUUGUAUCUUCCGACGUCACUCACGCUGUCAACCCCAACUUCGAAUCCGUAUACCUCGCCAACCACGCCCCUGAGCUCAACGUCGGUGUUUCGGUCUCUGCAGACAGCAACGGCCACAUGACUACUGACGCUGCCUCUACUGCCAUUCUCACGAGAUGUGCUGAGAAGGUUGGUGCCACUCUCCAAGUCUUCCAGAUCAGAAACGAUUCCAGAUCGGGCGGCACUGUUGGACCCAUGCUCAGUUGCGCUACUGGUAUGCGUGCCAUCGAUGCAGGUAUCCCACAAUUGAGCAUGCACAGUAUUCGUGCUACCACCGGCACUUCAGAUCCUGGUCUCGGUGUCCAGAUGUUCCAAGGCUUCCUCGACAGCUUCGAGUCGGUUGAUGCCGAGUUUAGAGAUUAG